AUGGUAUCCGACCCUGACGUAGUGCGGACAGUGCUCACGCUCUUUUGGCUGCUGGCGGAGCCGGUUCCAUGGGUAGUUGUCUUCCUGGCAUUGACGCUGGCGCCCCAGACAGCUGUCUCCUACUACAUGAUGCUCGCCCAGUGGUAUUUGACGCCCUUUGACCAGGCACUGCAGGUGGUGACCGCGCUGCUGCUGCACAGCGAGCUUUUGGUGGCCCUGUAUGCGAUGGCACGCAUGCUGAGGAUGCAGCGGCAGCAGUACUACCUGUUCGAGGCGGCGCUGCAGCAGCAACAGCAGCAGCUCCAACAACAGCAGCAGCACCAGUCGAUGUACAGGCAGUGGCACGGCAGAGAGUGA